CGGUAUAUGGACCGGGGUUUCUGAUGUGGUUCGAACGUGGGGUGUUUCUUUGAUUUUGGUUAUGGAUCCUGCUUGGUAUUUGGGGGGUCUCGAUUUGUAAUCUUCAGAUGUGUUGUCUCUGAUUGAUAUACUUUCCGAUUUAUAGUUUCGUCAUAUCGGCUUGGAUUCCAGUUUGGGGGGGUUUUGUUUUGUUCCAAGAUUUGCCUCUGUUUGAUAGUUCCGGGUCUAUUCGUCUCUCUCUCCAAUUAGGGUUUUGAAAUGGCUCGAAAGCACAGAAAUGGAUCGAGUGAUGACGACGAAGUCGUAGAUCAUCGUUAUAGGGACAAGAAUAGUUCGAGAUCCAGUCAUCAUGAGCACCGAAGUAAGACCCGGCAUUCUCGCCGGGAUAAGGAUGACGACGAUGUUAGGGAUAGGCACCGGAAGAGGUCUGAACGGCGACGGGAUGAGGAAGGGGAUGGUUACCGUUAUGAGAAAGAAAAGAGGGAAAGAACUGAAAGAGUUGAUAGGGAGAGGAAUCAGAGGAGAGAAAAAGGAAGGAAUGAGGAUGGAGAGGAUGCUCGGAGUUUGAGAGAGAAGGAUAACGUGAAUGAGAAUUCGAAGUCCCAAAAACAAACGGCACCGCAAGGGGGAAACUUGAAUCCAGCGUCAGCUAAUUUGGGGAGAAGCGGAGGGGUUUACAUUCCGCCAUUCAAGCUAGCCCGUAUGAUGAAAGAGGUGCAGGACAAGAGCAGCGUUGAGUAUCAGCGCUUGACAUGGGAUGCUCUUAGGAAGAGUAUAAAUGGACUGGUCAAUAAGGUGAAUGCAACCAAUAUUAAGAAUAUAAUUCCCGAGCUUUUUGCAGAGAAUUUGAUCCGGGGUAGGGGUCUCUUUUGCCGGUCAUGUAUGAAAUCCCAAAUGGCAUCUCCGGGGUUCACAGAUGUAUUUGCUGCAUUGGUUGCUGUUGUAAAUACUAAAUUUCCAGAAGUGGGUGAUCUUUUGUUGAGGAGAAUAAUCUUACAGCUCAAGCGAGCCUACAAACGCAAUGACAAGCCACAACUGUUAGCUGCUGUUAAAUUCAUAGCACAUCUUGUGAACCAGCAAGUGGUUCAUGAGCUUGUAGCUUUGGAGCUGCUCACACUCUUGUUGGACAAACCUACUGAUGACAGUGUUGAGGUAGCAGUGGGGUUUGUGACUGAAUGUGGAUCAAUACUUCAAGACCUUUCGCCGAGGGGGUUGCAUGGUAUAUUUGAGCGUUUUCGUGGAAUUCUUCAUGAAGGAGAAAUAGACAAAAGAGUGCAGUUUCUAAUUGAGGGUCUAUUUGCAAUAAGAAAAGCCAAAUUUCAGGGCUACCCAGCUGUUCGUCCAGAGUUGGACCUCGUUGAGCAAGAGGAUCAACUAACUCAUGAAAUCUCCCUCCAGGAUGAGGAAUUAGACCCAGAGACUGCCUUAGAUAUUUUCAAGCCAGAUCCUCAGUUCUUGGAGAGUGAGAAGAGAUAUGAAGACUUGAAGACAAGCAUUCUUGGUGAGGAUUCUGAAGAUGAGGGAGAUUCAGAUGCAGGCUCAGAUGAUGAAGAUGGUGAAGAAUCUGAUGAUGAUGAAGAAGAAGAAGAGGAGCAGAUGAAAAUAAAGGAUGAGACGGAAACAAAUCUUGUAAAUCUGCGGAGGACAAUUUAUCUAACAAUAAUGUCUAGUGUUGAUUUUGAGGAAGCUGGUCACAAACUAUUGAAGAUCAAGUUGGAGCCUGGUCAAGAGAUGGAACUGUGUAUCAUGCUGUUGGAGUGCUGCAGUCAAGAGAGAACUUACCUUCGUUAUUAUGGUCUUCUGGGGCAGCGGUUUUGCAUGAUUAACAAGGUCCACCAGGAAAAUUUUGAGAAGUGCUUUGUUCAGCAGUACUCUAUGAUCCAUCGUCUGGAGACAAAUAAGCUGCGUAAUGUGGCAAAAUUUUUUGCUCAUUUACUUGGGACAGAAGCCCUGCCUUGGCAUGUUUUAGCUUACAUACGGCUUACUGAGGAGGAUACCACAUCAUCAUCCCGUAUUUUCAUAAAGAUUCUCUUUCAGGAACUGUCAGAGCACCUCGGCAUUCGCCUGUUGAAUGAACGGCUUUCAGAUCCGACAAUGCAGGACUCAUUUGAGUCUAUCUUCCCAAAGGACAAUCCCAAGAAUACACGGUUUGCUAUUAAUUUCUUCACAUCUAUUGGGCUUGGUGGUAUCACUGAGAAUUUGAGAGAGUACUUGAAGAACAUGCCGCGCCUUAUUAUGCAACAACAGAAACCAGUAUCUGAGUCGGACCAAGCAUCUGAGAGUUCUGGAUCUUCUGAUUCUGAUGCUUCAAAUUCCGAGUCAGAUUCAGGGUCAUCUAGCUCCGAUGAUCAAAGUGAAAGUGAAACCGAAAGUGACAAUGAUGACGAGAAACGCAGGAAGCGGAGGAGACGAUGAGGAACCGUUAUAUAUACCCCUAUGUUAGAGGAAGCAGUUAUUUGUAUCCGCAGUUUCUAGAAUAUUGUGUCGAUCUGAAUGAGUGAAAAUUUGCAAGUAAUGUAUGGCAUUUGCUCGUAGGUGUUAUUCCACAACAGUUGGAGCUUCAGUUUAGUCAUUGGCUGGUAGCUUAUGCAGCCAUACAGUUGAGAUUUAGUCUUAGAUUUCAAGCGUUAAAAGCCUUUGGGUGACCACUGUUGUACAGGAUUUUGGCUUGGUAAAAUUAUGACCUGUUAAUCUGCUUAGAA